AUGGCAGUGCACCGGAAGGAGUACUUGCAGAAUCUCACCUCAGAGCCCACCCACCUGCAGUUCAGGGUGGAGCACCUGCUGACAUGUAAGCUGGGGACGCAGAGAGUCCAGGAGCCCAAGGAUGCCCUGCAAAAGCUGCAGGGAAUGGAUGCUCAGGGCCAGGUGUGGAGCCAGGACUUGCUCCUGCAGGUCAGGGAUGGCCGGCUCCAACUGCUGGACAUCGAGACAAAGGAGGAACUGGAAUCUUACCACCUGGACGGCAUCAAGGACAUGGACGUGGCACUCAACACCUGCUCCUACAACUCUGUCCUGUCCAUCACUGUGCAGGAUUCAGGCCUGCCAACCACUAGCACUCUGCUUUUCCAGUGCCAGGAAGUGGGGGCAAAGCAACUGAAGAUCAGCCUGCAGAAGGCUCUGGAGGAGGAGCUAGAGCAAAGGCCCCGAUUCGGAGCCCUUCUCCCAGGUCAGGACAGAUGCAGGGGGCCUCUUCUGGAAAGGCCGAUCCCUAAGGAGCAGGUACCUCCUCUGGAGUGCAGACCCCCUCCAGAGCAGCACCACUGGAUGACCCCAGAGCACAACACACCACGAUCCCCAAGGCCCCUGCCACACCACUCCAUCAUCCAAAACUCAAGUGCCUUCACUUUGCCUCCUUCGAGGAGGUCCCCAUCCCCCGGGGACCCAGGACGGGAUCAGGAGGUGCUGAGCCACGUCCUAAGAGACAUCGAGCUAUUCAUGGAAAAGCUGAAGGAGGACCAGUCAAACACCAGUCAUAAGAAGAAGAGACAGAGGAAGAAACAGAUAAAGCAUCAGGGGGGGAUAACAGAGGCACAUUACAUCGACUGUUUCCAGAAGAUCAAGUACAGCUUCAACCUCCUGGGAAACCUGGCCACGAUGCUGCAGGAUACAGGCGCCCCUGUGUUCAUACACCUCCUCUUCCAAACUCUGAACUCCAUCCUGGAGCAGUGCCCUGAGCCUGGCCUAGCAGUCCAAGUGAUCUCACCCCUCCUCACCACCAAGGCCGUUGAUCUGCUGCAGUCCUGUCUAAGCCCACCUGAGAGUAACCUCUGGAAGGGGCUGGGCAUAGCCUGGACCACCAGCCAGUCCAAAUGGACAGGCAGUGAGCCCCUGCCCUACCAACCCACAUUCUAUGACGGUUGGCAGCUUCCAGAACCUUCCUACGAGGAACCUUCAAGAUACCAAGACUCUACUUCCCUCCGUGGGGGGAGCCCUAGGUUAGGGAGCAAGUCGCACUUUGCUCAAGAGGAGACACACAACCACGGACACCACCCUGGGCCCUCCAGACCCGGACCUGUCAAGCCAGCCGUGAAAAUGCAAGUCCUAUAUGAGUUUGAAGCUAGGAACCCACGGGAACUGACUGUGGUCCAGGGAGAGGUACUGGAGGUUCUGGACCAGAGUAAACGGUGGUGGCUGGUGAAGAAUGAAAUGGGACGGAGCGGCUACAUCCCCAGCAACAUCCUGGAGCCCCUGCAGUCGGGGUUCCCUGGAAGCCAGAGCAAGUCGUUCCCUCCGGCUCCAGGGCUUCGACUUAGCUCAAGGCCUGAGGAGGUCACAGCCUGGUUGCAGGCAGAGAACUUCUCCACUGUCACAGUGAAGACUCUCGGGUCCAUGACGGGGCGCCAGCUGCUUCACAUGAGACCUGGGGAGCUACAGAUGCUGUGUCCCCAGGAGGCCCCAAAGGUCCUGGCACGGCUGGAGGCUGUCAGAAGGAUGCUGGGGAUGAACCCUUAGGCAGCAACUCAAACACCUCCAAGACCAAGACUUUCUCACAAGCAAGAUGGUGGAUAUGAUAACUCUUUAGAGCCCCGAGAAUUCUUCUUUCAGGCCCCCAGGUUGCAGCGAACCCCACACCCCAGCUCACACAGCAAAGAAGAUGAGCAAGCCCAGAGGUUGAGACGAAUGGUGCCCCUUCUCGCUGUGUUGAGGGCUCUCCCCAGUUGCCACCUAUUUAUUGCAUCUCUUUCCUGAGCCUGGAGCACUUAAGCCUAGGUUUGUCAGGACUCUGUUUAGCCCCCCUCCUCCCCAAUAAAAGUAUC